AUGAGGGUGAGUUCGGUGGGGUUGUGCUUCCUUGCUUUGACUAUAGCCCAUGUCACUGAGAUCCAAGCUGGACUGGUCCGCAACCAUGUGAGCAGCAUCUGUAGCACAUGGGGCAGGGAGCACUUCAAGACAUUUGAUGGUGAUGUGUACCAGUUUCCUGGCAUGUGUGAAUACAACCUGGUCUCCGACUGCCAUGACACCUUCCCAGAGUUCUCUGUGCACAUGAAGAGGAAGGAAAACAAUGGAAACCCGACAGUCAGUUAUGUGGUGGUCACCAUCAGCGAUUUUGCAUUUCACCUUAGCAAGGAUGUGGUCACUGUGAACGACCUGCCCGUCAAACUUCCACAUUACCAGGCCGGAGUACAAGUGGAAAGAAAUGCAGUCUACAUCAAGCUCCAGUCCAAAGUUGGCAUCAUUGUCAUGUGGAACCUUGAUGAUGCAGUCAUGGUGGAAAUUGAUAAUGAUUACACUAACCGCACUUGUGGACUUUGUGGAGAUUUUAACGGUGUUUCAGUCUACAAUGAGUUCCUCCUUGAUGGUCGCAAAAUCAGCCCCAUUGAGUUUGGCAACAUACAUAAAGUCCAUCGUCCAAAUGAUGAUUGUGAGGACCCAUAUGAAGAGGAAGAUGUGUCACAGGAAGUUAUGAAUGUGCCAGAGUCAUGCAAAGAGUUUCAAAACACCUGUGAAGAGAUGCUGCAUACAGAAACCUGGAACUCCUGCACCAAACUGAUUGACCCUGAGCCUUACAUUCAGGCCUGUGUGCAGGACAUGUGUGGCUGUACCAACCAUUCAGAUGACUUUUGUGUCUGCAGCACACUCUCUGAGUUCUCUCGACAGUGUUCCCAUGCAGGAGGGGAGCCUCCCAACUGGAGGACUUCUGAGUUCUGCGCCAAACAGUGUCCAUUGAACAUGGUUUAUGAAGAGAGUGGAUCCCCUUGUGUGGAUACCUGCACGCAUCAAGACACAAGCUCAUUCUGUGAGGACCACAAAAUGGACGGCUGCUUCUGUCCUCCUGGAACCGUGUUCGAUGACAUUUCCAUGAGGGGGUGUAUUGCUCAGUCUGAAUGCCAGUGCAAGCAUGGAAAAAUCUAUGAAUCUGGUGAAGUUUACAGACAGGAGCGAGAGGAAUGCACAUGUUUUGAGGGUAGAUGGGCUUGUGAAAGUCUUUCAACACCUUCUACAUGUGCGGUUGAAGAAGGUUCACAUUUAACCACCUUUGAUGGGAAAGACUUCACCUUCCACGGAGACUGUUACUACACCCUGGCCAAGGUGGAAAGAAAGGAUGAUGCAAGCCCUAAGUUUACUAUUCUGGUCAAACUGGUACCAUGUGCACACCAAGAGUAUGACACCUGUCUGAAGACCAUCAAAAUCCUGCUGAACAAUGACAGAAACAAUGUGUUAACAUUCACUGCUGAUGGCGCAGUAAAGCAGAAUAUGCAGAGUAUCAAUUUGCCGUACUUCUCAGGGGAUAUCAGUAUAUUCCAUGCUUCGUCCUUUCACAUCAUCUUCCAGACCAGUUUUGGUUUGCAAAUUCAGAUCCAACAUGUGCCUCUCAUGCAAGUCUAUGUCAGCCUGGAGCAGAGCUACAGAGAAAAGACACGCGGUUUAUGUGGGAACUACAACAUGGUCCUGUCUGAUGACAUGAACACUCGUCAGGGAAUUGUGGAGGGAAGUGCAGCAGCUUUUAGUAACUCCUGGAAGGCUAGCCAUGUAUGCCAAGACAGAGAAGACAGACUCGAUGACCCUUGUUCUUUCAGCGUGGAAAAUGAAAAGUAUGCCAAUCACUGGUGCAGCUUGCUACGACAGCCAAAUAGUACCUUUGCAGAUUGCCAUUCUGUUGUGGAUCCUGAGAUUUACUACAAGCGAUGUACUUAUGCUAGCUGUAACUGUGAGAAGAGCGAGGACUGCCUGUGUGCUGUUUUCUCCUCCUAUACCAGAGCUUGUGCAUCAAAGGGAGUGUUCUUGACAGACUGGAGAGAGAAUGUGUGCGACAAAUACACGAAGAACUGCCCAGAAUCUCAGACCUUCUCUUACAAACAUCAGAGAUGCCAGCUGACUUGCAGAUCAUUGAGCUUAAAGCAGCAGAGCUGCACCUCUGAUUUCUUGCCUGUGGAUGGCUGUUCCUGCGCUGAGGGUCACUACCUAGAUGACAAUGGCAUCUGUGUCCCAGUGGCAAAGUGUCCCUGUUACCAUAAUGAAGUCUACGUAAAGUCAGGCAAGUCCAUCAGCAUCAACAACGAGCACUGUGUAUGCACCAACGGAGUUCUUCAUUGCCAUUCUGGGAGAACCCGCAUGUCAACUUGUCCUUCUCCUAAAGAAUACUUCAACUGCUCCACUGCAAGCGCAGGAGUUGUUGGAGUGCAGUGUGCUCGAACUUGUUUAAAUCUGGACAAUGAUGAUUGUGAUGCCACAGAGUGUGAAUCUGGUUGUCGGUGUCCCAGUGGCCUCCUUGAUGAUGGUAAAGGUUUCUGUGUGAAAGAAAGUGACUGUCCAUGCAAGCAUGAUGGCCAUCUCUAUGCCUCUGGAACACGAAUACCAAACCAGUGCAACACUUGUACCUGCCAAAGUGGAAAAUGGACAUGCUCACAGAAAAAAUGCCCAGGACCUUGCAUUAUUUAUGGAAGUGGUCACUACACUACAUUUGAUCAGAAAACAUAUGCAUUUCAGGGACAGUGUGGCUAUAUUGCUGUAAAGAACAACUGUGGCAAUAAAACAGUGCACAACAGCUUUGGAGUUAUCACUGAAAAUGUACCUUGUGGUUCUACGGGCACCACCUGCUCUAAAAAAGUCAGAAUUCAACUGGGGGGAAAGGAAAUCAAACUCUCAAGGGGAAGAUUUGAAGUGGAAGAUCUGGGACAUGGACCUCAGAUCGAGUACAAGAUAAGGAAUGUUGGCUUGUAUGUGGUUGUAGAAUCUGAGAUCGGUGUGGCAGUGAUGUGGGAUCGCAAAACAGCUGUUCGGAUCCUGCUUGAACCAACGCACAGCGGAGAGGUGUGUGGCCUGUGUGGCAAUUUCGAUGGUGAUGGACAGAAUGACUACACCACCCAGGGUCAGCUGGUGGUGAGCAAUUCACUUGAGUUUGCAAACAGCUGGAAAGUGUCUAGCUCUUGUCCAGAUGUGGAGGCGAACAUUGAUCCGUGCGCAUUAACACCCGGUCGACAUCAGUGGGCAAAAAUGAUGUGUAGCAUCAUCAUAAUUGGAGACACAUUUAGAGAAUGCCGCCACAAGGUUAGCCCUGUUCCAUUUUAUGAAAACUGCGUAAAAGACUCAUGUGCCUGCAACACUGGAGGAGACUGUGAAUGUUUCUGCACAGCAGUUGCAGCUUAUGCUCAGGCUUGCAAUGAGCAUGAUGUUUGCAUUGCAUGGAGAACUCCAGAGAUCUGUCCUGUCUAUUGUGAUUACUACAACGGCCCAACGGAAUGCGUGUGGCACUAUCACCCUUGCCACUCUCCGUGCUACAAGACCUGUUUGAAUCCAGAAGGUGUAUGUUUGAAUCCGAUACCCACCCUGGAAGGCUGUUACCCUGUAUGCCCAAAAGAUAAGCCCAUAUUUGAUGAAAAAAACAAAAUAUGUGUGGAUGUAUGUGAGACCUCCUACUACAACAACUACGACUACACCUCCUACAACAACAACCACUCCUCCUACAACAACAACGACUACACCUCCUACAACAACAACCACUCCUCCUACUACAACUACACCAACACCUCCACUACCACAACUACACCUCCAACUACAACAACUACGACUACACCUCCUACAACAACAACCACUCCUCCUACAACAACAACGACUACACCUCCUACAACAACAACCACUCCUCCUACUACAACUACACCAACACCUCCUACUACAACAACUACGACUACACCUCCUACAACUACAACCACUCCUCCUACUACAACUACACCAACACCUCCAACUACCACAACUACACCUCCUACUACAACAACUACGACUACACCUCCUACAACUACAACUACAGCCACACCUCCAACUACCACAACUACACCUCCUACUACAACAACUACGACUACACCUACAACUACUCCUCUUACUACAACUACACCUACACCUCCGACUACCACAAGUACAACCACAAUCUCAUCGACUACUUGCAUUCCAAGUACCACAUGUGCGUGGUCAGACUGGUAUGAUGUGGAUGAUCCAACGGACAAAAGUGAUUGGGAAACAUACAAAAACAUCACAGAUAGCGGUCUUCAAAUAUGUCAAGAUAUUCAAGACAUUGAGUGUAGAGCGGUACUAUACCCGGACAAAACCUUUGAUGACUUUGUGACUGAAACUGGCCAAGUUGUUAGUUGUGAUCAGGACACUGGUUUAAUAUGUAGAGGAGAGGAUCAGACCAGACCUCCAAGAAAGUGCUAUGACUAUGAAAUAAGGGUAUAUUGUUGUAAGAUAUGUUCAACAACCACAUCUCCUAGUACCACGACUACAUCAACACCUCCAACUACCACUACUACAACCAGUCCUCCUACAACAACUACAACGACACCUCCUACUACAACAACUAUGACUACACCUCCUACAACUACAACUACUCCUCCUACUACAACAACGACUACACCUCCUACAACAACAACCACUCCUCCUACUACAACUACACCAACGCCUCCAACUACAACAACUACGACUACACCUCCUACAACUACAACUACUCCUCCUACAACAACUACACCAACACCUCCUACUACAACAACUACAACUACACCUCCUACUACAACAACUACAACUACACCUCCUACAACAACAACCACUCCUCCUACAACAACAACGACUACACCUCCUACUACAACAACCACUCCUCCUACAACAACUACACCAACACCUCCUACUACAACAACUACAACUACACCUCCUACAACAACAACCACUCCUCCUACAACAACAACGACUACACCUACUACAACUACAACCACUCCUCCUACUACAACUACACCAACGCCUCCAACUACCACAACUACACCUCCUACUACAACAACUACGACUACACCUCCUACAACAACAACCACUCCUCCUACAACAACAACGACUACACCUCCUACUACAACAACCACUCCUCCUACUACAACUACACCAACACCUCCUACUACAACAACUACGACUACACCUCCUACAACAACAACCACUCCUCCUACAACAACAACGACUACUCCUCCUACAACAACAACCACUCCUCCUACAACAACUACACCAACACCUCCUACUACAACAACUACAACUACACCUCCUACAACAACAACCACUCCUCCUACAACAACAACGACUACACCUCCUACAACUACAACCACUCCUCCUACUACAACUACACCAACGCCUCCAACUACCACAACUACACCUCCUACUACAACAACUACGACUACACCUCCUACAACAACAACCACUCCUCCUACAACAACAACGACUACACCUCCUACUACAACAACCACUCCUCCUACUACAACUACACCAACGCCUCCAACUACCACAACUACACCUCCUACUACAACAACUACGACUACACCUCCUACAACUACAACUACUCCUCCUACAACAACAACACCUCCUACUACAACAACCACAACUACACCUCCUACUACAACAACUACAACCACACCUCCUACAACUACAACCACACCUCCUACAACUACAACUACACCUCCUACUACAACUACACCAACACCUCCCACUACAACAACUACACCUCCUACUACAACUACACCAACACCUCCCACUACAACAACUACACCUCCUACUACUACAACCACUCCUCCUACUACAACAACUACAACUACACCUCCUACAACUACAACUACACCUCCUACUACUACAACCACUCCUCCUACUACAACAACUACAACUACACCCCCUACAACUACAACUACACCUCCUACUACAACUACACCAACGCCUCCGACUACCACAACUACACCUCCCACUACAACAACUACACCUCCUACAACUACAACUACUCCUCCUACAACAACAACACCUCCUACUACAACAACCACAACUACACCUCCUACUACAACAACUACAACCACACCUCCUACAACUACAACCACUCCUCCUACUACAACUACACCAACACCUCCGACUACCACAACUACACCUCCCACAACAACAACUUCACCUCCUACUACUGUAACCACUCCUCCUACUACAACAACUACAACUACACCCCCUACAACUACAACUACACCUCCUACUAAAACUACACCAACGCCUCCGACUACCACAACUACACCUCCCACUACAACAACUACACCUCCUACAACUACAACCACUCCUCCUACUACAACUACACCUCCGACUACCACAACUACACCUCCUACUACAACUACUACAACCACACCUCCGACUACCACAACUGCACCUCCUACUACAACAACUACAACCACACCUCCUACAACUACAACUACUUCUCCUACUACAACUACACCAACACCUCCAACUACCACAACUACACCUCCCACUACAACAACUACUCCUCCUACAACUACAACCACUCCUCCUACUACAACUACACCUCCGACUACCACAACUACACCUCCUACUACAACAACCACAACUACACCUCCUACUACAACAACUACAACCACACCUCCUACAACUACAGCUACUUCUCAUACUACAACUACCACAACUACACCUCCGACUACCACAACUACACCUCCUACAACUACAACCACUCCUCCUACUACAACAACUACAACUACACCUCCUACAACUACUCCUCCUACUACAACUACACCAACACCUCCGACUACCACCACUACACCUCCCACUACAACAACUACACCUCCUACAACUACAACCACUCCUCCUACUACAACAACUACAACUACACCUCUUACAACUACAACUACUCCUCCUACUACAACUACACCUCCUACAACUACAACCACUCCUCCUACUACAACUACACCAACACCUCCGACUACCACAACUACACCUCCUACUACAACAACUACAACUACACCUCCUACAACUACAACCACUCCUCCUACUACAACUACACCAACACCUCCGACUACCACAACUACACCUCCUACUACAACUACUACAACCAGUCCUCCUACUACAACUACACCAACACCUCCUACUACAACUACACAAACACGUCCGACAACAACAACUACACCUCUCACUACAACAACUACACCUCCUACAACUACAACCACUCCUCCUACUACAACAACUACAAUUACACCUCCUACAACUACAACUACACCUCCUACAACUACAACUACUCCUACUACUACAACUACACCAACACCUCCAACUACCACAACUACACCUCCUACUACAACAACUACAACCUCACCUCCGACUACUACAACUACACCUCCUACAACUACAACCACUCCUCCUACUACAACUACACCUCCUACAACUACAACUACUCCUCCUACUACAACUACACCUCCUACAACUACAACCACUCCUCCUACUACAACUACAACCACUCCUCCAACUACCACAACUACACCUCCUACUACAACAAUUACAACUACACCUCCUACAACUACAACUACUCCUCCUACUACAACUACACCUCCUACAACUACACCAACACCUCCGACUACCACAACUACACCUCCUACUACAACAACUACAACUACACCUCCUACAACUACAACUACUCCUCCUACUACAACUACACCAACACCUCCGACUACCACAACUACACCUCGCACUACAACAACUACACCUCCUACAACUACAACCACUCCUCUGACUACCACAACUACACCUCCUACUACAACAACUACAACAACACCUCGUACAACUACAACUACUCCUCCUACUACAACUACACCUCCUACAACUACAACCACUCCUCCUACUACAACUACACCAACACCUCCGACUACCACAACUACACCUCGCACUACAACAACUACACCUCCUACAACUACAACCACUCCUCCGACUACCACAACUACACCUACUACUACAACAACUACAACGACACCUCCUACAACUACAACCACUCCUCCUACUACAACUACACCUCCUACAACUACAACCACUCCUCCUACUACAACUACACCAACACCUCCGACUACCACAACUACACCUCCUACAACUACAACCACUCCUCCAACUACCACAACUACACCUCCAACUACAACAAUUACAACUACACCUCCUACAACUACAACUACUCCUCCUACUACAACUACACCUCCUACAACUACAACCACUCCUCCUACUACAACUACACCAACACCUCCGACUACCACAACUACACCUCCUACUACAACAACUACAACUACACCUCCUACAACUACAACUACUCCUCCUACUACAACUACACCAACACCUCCGACUACCACAACUACACCUCGCACUACAACAACUACACCUCCUACAACUACAACCACUCCUCCGACUACCACAACUACACCUCCUACUACAACAACUACAACUACACCUCCUACAACUACAACCACUCCUCCUACUACAACUACACCAACACCUCCGACUACCACAACUACACCUCCUACUACAACAACUACAACUACACCUCCUACAACUACAACUACUCCUCCUACUACAACUACACCAACACCUCCGACUACCACAACUACACCUCGCACUACAACAACUACACCUCCUACAACUACAACCACUCCUCCGACUACUACAACUACACCUACUACUACAACAACUACAACGACACCUCCUACAACUACAUCCACUCCUCCUACUACAACUACACCUCCUACAACUACAACCACUCCUCCUACUACAACUACACCAACACCUCCGACUACCACAACUACACCUCCUACAACUACAACCACUCCUCCAACUACCACAACUACACCUCCUACUACAACAAUUACAACUACACCUCCUACAACUACAACUACUCCUCCUACUACAACUACACCUCCUACAACUACAACCACUCCUCCUACUACAACUACACCAACACCUCCGACUACCACAACUACACCUCCUACUACAACAACUACAACUACACCUCCUACAACUACAACUACUCCUCCUACUACAACUACACCAACACCUCCGACUACCACAACUACACCUCGCACUACAACAACUACACCUCCUACAACUACAACCACUCCUCCGACUACCACAACUACACCUCCUACUACAACAACUACAACGACACCUCCUACAACUACAACUACUCCUCCUACUACAACUACACCUCCUACAACUACAACCACUCCUCCUACUACAACUACACCAACACCUCCGACUACCACAACUACACCUCCUACUACAACAACUACAACUACACCUCCUACAACUACAACUACUCCUCCUACUACAACUACACCAACACCUCCGACUACCACAACUACACCUCCUACUACAACUACUACAACCAGUCCUCCUACUACAACUACACCAACACCUCCGACUACCACAACUACACCUCCUACUACAACAUCUACAGCCACACCUCCUACUACAACUACAUCUCCUCCUCCUCAUCUACCAGACUGUCCUGAUUGGGGUGUCUCACAAAAUGAGACCUUCUAUUUGUGCAACUGCACCAUGGCCAGAUGCAUAGAGAACAACACAAUAGAAAUUAUUCCAUAUGAAUGUCCACCUCUUGAAAACAUAACUUGCACCAAUGGAAAGAAACCAGUUCUGGUAUUUGACGAGUACUACUGCUGUCAAUAUUAUACUUGCGACUGUGUAUGUGAAGGGUGGGGAGAUCCACAUUACAUCACAUUUGAUGGACUUUACUACAGUUAUCAAGGAAACUGUACUUAUGUUUUGAUGAAAGAGAUCUUACCGAUACAUAACCUGGAGAUUUAUAUUGACAAUGUCUUUUGUGAUCCAACUGAAGAUGUUUCUUGUCCUCGAUCGAUAACAGUAUCAUAUGUAUCACAAGUCAUCACACUCAUUAAUCAUAAUCUUAUUGGAGCUGCACAGUUGGAGGCACUGAAAAAUGGAGAAAGUUUGAACCUACCUUAUUCUCAACAAGGUGUUAAGAUCAUGAAUUCAGGCAUUAACCUGAUUUUAGAGAUUCCUCGUCUAAAAGUGGUUAUUACAUUUGGAAUAACUGGCUUCAGUGUAACCCUUCCAUUCCAGUACUUUGGCAAAAACACACAGGGACAUUGUGGAACGUGCAACAAUAAUCAGGCUGAUGACUGCAUGUUGCCUGGAGGUAAGCUGGUGGAAAGCUGUGCAGUGAUGGCUGACUAUUGGCCUGUUGAAGAUCUUUACCAGCCCAACUGCCCAACACCACCCGCACUACCUACCAGUGCACCUGAACCACCACCUACCUUAGCUCCAUGCAAACCAGACUCCAUGUGUGACCUACUUAAAACUAGUCUCUUUGCAGAGUGCCAUCCAUUUGUCUCUCCAGAAAAUUUCUACAGAGGUUGUGUUUUUGAUAGCUGUCACGUUUCAAAUCCAACAGUGGAGUGCACAAGUUUACAGACUUAUGCUGCAGCCUGUGCUCAGGCUGGAGUUUGCAUUUACUGGAGGAACCACACCACACUGUGCACUGGUGAAUGCCCAUUAGGCAAAGUUUACAAGCCUUGUGGUCCUGCAGAACAGCCAACCUGUGAAGACGAUCCAAGUGGACCAACUAUGAACUACACUACUGAGGGCUGCUUUUGUCCUGAUGGAAUGAAACUCUUCAACCAGGAGUCUGGAAUAUGUGUUGAAAAAUGUGGAUGUCUUGAUCCUGAGGGCAUUCCUCGUGAGUUCAAUGAAAGAUUUGAGUACAAAUGCCAGGACUGCAUCUGUGAAGAAUCUACGAAGACUGUGACUUGCAAGCCUAAAGUGUGCCCUCCACCAUCAGCCACUACAAACUGCUCUGCUCCUGGGUUUGUCCUUGUCAACCAGACCAGUCCAUCAGACCCCUGCUGUUCUACCUAUGUUUGCCAAUGUCAACCUAACACCUGCCCAGUCACCAAUAUGAACUGUCCAAUUGGAUAUAAGCCAGUUGUCAGUGUCCCUGCUGGAAAAUGCUGUGCAGAACAUACAUGUGAACCUAAAAGAGUUUGUGUACACAGAGAAACUGAAUAUCAGCCUGGUUCUUCAGUUCCUGUGAUUGCAUGUCAGGAUUGUACCUGUGCCAAUGAGAUUGACCCCAAAUCUGGUCUAUUAAAAAUAAUUUGUGUGUUUCAACAAUGCAAAGAACACUGUGAACUGGGAUAUGAAUAUGUGGAAAGUGAUUCAGAUGAAUGCUGCGGGAAGUGUGUACAGAAACACUGUGUUGUCAACAUUAAUGGAACCAAACACCUUUUGACUCAAGGAGAAACCUGGUCACCACCAGAGAAUAAGUGUGAACAUUACACCUGUGUCAAGAAUGGUGAGACUUUAACAGCAAGCCAUUCACAGACUGUCUGCCCACCAUUCCAAGAGAGCAACUGCCAACCUGACACAAUUCAAACUGCAGCAAAUGGCUGUUGCAAAAUUUGUGAGGAGAAGGAGAAGGGAUGCAAGUUAAUGUCCAUGAAAACCCAUAUUACAGUCAAUGGUUGUCAGUCUGCCCAGGACGUAGAGAUGCCAUAUUGUGAAGGAUCCUGCAACACUUACACCAUGUACUCUGAAGCAGCAGCAGCGAUGGAGCAUUCCUGCUCAUGCUGUAAGGAGAUAAACUUCAGCAAUCGCACUGCUGACCUGGUCUGCCUGAAUGGAGACACGGUCCCCUACACAUACAUGUAUGUGGAGCAGUGUGGGUGUACCAAGACGGACUGCACCAGUGCUGCUGGACAUCAUGUUCGCAGGAAGAGAAGCUUCACACUGCUGUGA